AUGGCGUUCCUGAAUUAUUUCUAUAGCGAUGAUUUUAAUAACGCACGAAGUGCUCUUGGCAUAACAUUUUCUAUUGCGCGAUCUUCUGCAUUGGUACUUCAUGUGGACGCAGCAAUGAUCUUAUUUCCUGUCUGUCGAAAUUUAAUCUCGCUGAUUCGAUCAACCCCCUUAAACAAUGUCAUUCCUUUUGACAAGAACAUCACAUUUCACAAAGCAAUCGGUUAUUCAAUACUUACGUUUUCACUUGUUCAUACUGUGUCGCAUUGGGUCAAUUUCUAUAAAUUGACAUUGGCACAAGGAGGCGGCAUUAUUACGUUUCUGAAAUUGAAUUUCGAAACCGGUCCUGGAUUAACCGGAUACGUGAUGCUAAUUUCUUUAUUGAUCAUGGUGUACACAUCACAGGAAAAAGCGCGUCGUGUUCAUUUCAAUCGAUUUUGGUACCUUCAUCAUCUUUUUAUUCCAUUUUUUGCCGCUUGGUCAUUUCACGGUGCCUUCUGUAUGAUUAAACCGGAUCGACCUCCGUACUGUAAAGGUAUCGCCUCAUUUUGGAAAUAUUGGAUUACAUCCGGCACAAUUUACAUCGGAGAACGUAUCCUUCGAGAGAUCAGAGCGCGACAAAAAACUUACGUCUCGAAAGUUGUUAUGCAUCCAUCGCGAGUCGUGGAAAUUCAAAUUAAAAAAGACAGUAUUUCCACCAAAGCAGGACAAUACAUUUUCUUGUGCUGUCCGGAAGUUUCGGUGUGGGAAUGGCAUCCGUUCACGUUGACAUCUGCACCCGAGGAAGACUAUAUUUCUAUUCACGUUCGUGUUGUUGGUGACUUCACUCGCACUUUGGCGGAAAAACUUGGAUGUAAUUUCGAAGAGGAAGAAAAGUUGAAAAAAGUAUCAGAAAAAAAAGGUGCUACAAAUAAAAAUCCUGGUUAUCUAUCUGGUGUCUCUGGAGUUGAGGUUUCCACGAAUAAUCCGGAAUUAAAAAAAGUUUUGCCGAGAGUUAUGAUAGAUGGGCCUUUUGGUAGUGCUUCCGAAGAUGUAUUUAAGUUUGAGAUUGCAAUGUUGGUUGGUGCAGGAAUUGGUGUCACUCCAUUCGCUAGUAUCCUUAAAAGUAUUUGGUAUCGCGUAAAUUAUCCAUCUAAAUCGACCCAACUUCCCAUCGAAGAUCAAGAUAUCGAGCAAUUCAUCGAAAUCCAUACUUAUCUUACUGGUCGUCUACGUCAUUCCGAAGUACGAAAUGUGAUGGUGAAUGAUGACGGGGGUGAACGAGACGCUAUCACUGGUCUUCGAGCACCAACACAUUUCGGUCGUCCAAAUUGGGACAAAAUCUUUUCGAAUCUACGAGCUAAACAUCCUGCCACCGAUAUAGGCACAUUCUUUUGUGGUCCGAAAGCACUAGGAAAGACGCUUCACAACAAGUGUAAUUUGUGGUCUCAAGGUUUCGAGGAUGGUACUAGAUUUUACUAUGGCAAAG